AAGAGGCGCAUAUGUCCUACACAAAAGAUUUAGAGGCUACUUUGAACAGACUACCGUGCCUGUCAAGGAUCACGCUUACCGACCACCUUCGCCUUGAGGCGAUAGCUAUGCCGGAGCAUCUGAGCCAUCGCGCAUGGCUGCAGAUGCUUCAAGAACGCUCUUUCGGUUCAACCGUUGUUAGAAUCCUCGGGCUUCUUAAUCACUUCAGACGUAUCUCGCAUAUACAGAUUAGCGGCCGGAUGCAUCUACUCGAUCUUGACUCGGCCCCGCCACUCCUCCUGGCUUAUAUGAGGAACUUUCACCUAGAUUCUCCCUCUUUAGCUCUAUUAAGGAAAGUCAUUACUGGCAAUCUAGAAUGCCUAAGGCUUCAGAACUCGACUGUUGUUCACUCAGACGUUGAGUUCUUCGUUCGAACCCACCAGUUAUUAAGAGAAGUCGCGCUUCAAAACGUCAGUAUUAUGGCGACUAUAUGGUCACAAUUUGAAGUACUAGUCUGUGGAUCGAAUGUUACGCUGCUCUGUAGCUAAGACUACUAGAAUAUAUCUUUUGUCUUAGCCGUGAAUACUCUCUGCUCCUCGAGGGCAACCUCAAAUAGUGCCUUGUCCUCACGUGAAUACCAGUCAUGGAACCCGUCUG